CGACCCGGCAUCGUCACAACGGACGGCAUCCGGAGCGGUGUAGCGCGACGCGCGACGAGCAGACUACUCCGGCUACACACCCCACCGUGCCCCGCCGACGCCGCACGCCUAUAUAACCGCGCGGAGCGCGGACCGACCGGCAGUCGCUGUGCUGAGCCCGAGCAAGGCACAACGGCUCCUCCGCUUGGUGUGGCGGCGUGGAAGCCCGCGUUCGCCCCAAGUGUCCCUAGGUAUAAGUCUCCCGGCCGCGUGGCGCCCCGCGUAGUUAGCCAGGAGACUUCCCCCUUCCUUCCCCCCGUAGUAUAACCUCUCCCGGCCGCGUGGAAGCCCGCGUAGUCAGCCAGGGUGGUUAUCCCCAGUACCGUUCCCACCGUAGACCUAUCCCGGCCGCGUGGAAGCCCGCGUAGCUAGCCAGGACGGUUUAUUCCCGACCUUGUUCCCCGGGGAACGUUCCGUUAUCCACUAUUUCCAGGGCACGCUGCCAAACCUCGGGUUAUCACAUAUACGUAUCAUAUUCAUAUAUAUAGUUGGAUAUAGCUCGCUCCCGUCUGGAGCGAAACCAGUGUAAUUAGACCUAAGAGUUCUUUAUAAAUAAAAGGCGCGUAAGACGCCAGUUUGUUACUUUUAAGUGGUGUUUCUUAUCAGCUCAUCCUCCCUACCCUGAGUUAGCUUGGAAACCUUCACAAGGCCCCUCAGGCUGAAGGAUAUGUGUGGCUCGCCCUCUGCGACGACCAUCACAUUUGGCGCCCAACUUUAAAACUCACUAGGAGUUUCGUUAGCUCAGGAGGAUUUUGAUAGGCUAGGGCGUGCACUCGACGCGUCCCACCCACCCGCUUAGAAACAUUAAUACCGAGACUUAGCCGCAUUACGCCGGCAACCGCAGAAAGUUAAUCCGUCCGUACCGAUACCGAGAGUCGAGCGAAAACACUGGUCUGAAGGACCUAAGUAUCCCGACGCGUCGACCUCAUCACACCGGAGAGAAAGCAUACCGCAGAGUUGGACCAACUUGGAAGGAUGGACCGACCGAAGAACAUAGGAAAGAUAAUAAAGGAGUGGAACCUCACUUUCAAACCCGGGUACAGUGCAGUCGAAUUCAUAGAAAGGAUAGAAGAACUAAUCUCGGCUAGUGACAUAGCAAAGGAGGAUGUCCUGCUCGCAUUGCCCCGGAUACUGCAAGGGAAGGCCUUACUCUGGUAUAGGAACAACGUGGACACGUGGAACUCAUGGGAAGAGUUCAUAGCGUUAUUUAAACUAUACUAUUUCCCCGCUAACUAUGAAGAUAACCUGAUCGCGAGCAUAAUGUCCAGAAAACAAAAGUAUAAAGAAAACUUCACCGAUUAUCUCACCGAUUUACAAACUUUAAUGAGACGUUAUGGAAACCUGUCCGAGAAAGAGAAACUACACCGAAUAUACGAAAACAUGCAGAAAAAUUAUAAACUUUACGUCAAGAAGCAGGAUUUCAAGGACCUACCAGGUUUACUACAGCUUACUUCCGAAUAUGAAAAUAUAAUAUACCCGUAUGAUAACCGGUUUAUGAGGGACAAACCGCAGGAAGAGGAAGACACGGCUCCGCAGACAGACCAAGGAUGGUCACCGCCGAAGGAAGACUCCGUGAAUAGACGCCGACUACAGAGAAGGGGUACCGAACCAGACAAAGAAGAGAAAAUAAACCCCAAAUACGACACAGAGACGUGUUGCUGGUCUUGUGGAAAGCCAGGACACGCAGCGAGGGAAUGCUGGUCAAAGGGAAGGCUAUUCUGUAGCAUAUGUGGAAAACUGGGGACACUGAGCAAGAAUUGCUGCAAGAAAAAACAAUGGGGGAAAAAUGAAUCCGCAGGAGCCGCGGGUGACCGAGAAGACAACCGUAUAUUACGAACGUGUGAGGUUCAUGGCUAA